CCUGUGAUCAACCACAGCACGAGAGGGAAUUGGGCCAUCACUAGAAACAACCAACUGUGGCAAGAGAACCACAGACUGGAGGGCCAGGGCUAUGAUUAUUGGCUACACAUGGCUCACGCGUCGCUAGAAUUGUGGUAUACACGAGUGUGUGAGUAUAUGGCUCCUACAACCUACAUAACCUCACCAAGGUCUUUAACCCUUUCCCCCCUCACCCAGGUCUUU